UUUCGGAUACGCGUCGAGGUGAGAACAUACUGUAUGUGUUACAUGUGUUGAUUUGAGACAUUUUCGCGGUUGAGGUUGUUUUCUGUGCGAAAUUAUGUCACGGCUCUGCGCGGCCUAACGACGGACGAUAUUUCGAUCAAUACUAGAAGAAUCUAAGAAUCAUGUUUUAUGCACAUUUUGUAUUGGCCAAAAAAGGGCCUUUGGCCCGUAUAUGGUUGGCUGCUCAUUGGGACAAGAAAUUAACAAAGGCACAUGUAUUCGAGACAAAUAUAGAAAAAUCAGUGGAUGGUAUAUUACAACCAAAGGUUAAAAUGGCUUUAAGAACAUCUGGUCAUUUAUUACUGGGAGUAGUACGAAUAUAUUCAAGGAAAGCUAAGUACUUACUGGCUGAUUGCAAUGAAGCUUUCGUGAAGAUUAAAAUGGCCUUUAGGCCUGGAAUGGUAGAUCUGCCUGAGGAACACAGAGAGGCAGCUGUAACAGCUAUCACCUUGCCAGAAGUGUUUCAUGAUUUUGAUACUGCUAUGCCUGAGCUCAAAGAUGUUGAUAUAGAAGCUCAGUUUAGUUUGAAUCAAUCUAGAGCAGAAGAAAUAACAAUGAGGGAAGAUUAUGGCAGUCUGUCUUUAGUUACACAUGAUCAGGGCUUUGGAGACAUGAGUUUUGAUGCUGAGCCACCAGAGUUGCUACGACAUGGCAGUGGCAUGGAACCUUCUUUGGAUCAGAGUCACAUGUUAUUUAGUGAUGGCCCAGGAAUAGAGGCGGCAUUGGAACAGAAGGAAAAAGAGCCAGUUGCAGGGACAUCCGCUACAACACAACCCAUGGACAUAGAUACACCCAUUAGAGACGAUGGUUUUGGUGGUCAUCUUGGUCAAGAUAUCAUAUCGGGAGGUCUGUUUGAAGGUGGUUUAUUUGAUGAAGCUCCAAUGGGUGAAGUACCUGUACCUGAGGUUAGUUCGAUAAAUGAACAACAGGAAGCAGGAGCGGUUGCUGGAACUGCUGCUUCUGUACACGAUGAGUCUGAUGAAGAUAUGGGUGAUCACUUUGGUGGACCAGCUUCUCCAAUGGGAGGCAUGAGCUCUGACGGCUCUAGACCAGCUACACCAGCCGCAGUUGGAGAGGAAAUUGAAGGAAGAAUUAGCGUUGCCAGUCGGCGCUUUACACCAGCUCCACCAGUUAUACCAGAAGAACAUGCUAUUGACAACAUAGAAGAACCGCCACCUAUGCAAGAUCAAACCACAUUAUUACACGAUGAGGAAGAAAGCUUCGCGCUAGCUCCAAUUGAUGCUUCUGCUUUAAAGGGAUUCACGAAAGCCAAACGCAAGCGUAAACUCAUUGUCGAUGAAGUAAAAAAUAUUUCUGGUGAGGAAAUGAAAGCGCAGCUAUCUGAUACUAGCGAUAUUAUCACGACAUUGGACUUGGCACCACCUACGAAAAGAUUAAUGCAUUGGAAAGAAACAGGUGGCGUAGAGAAGCUUUUUGCUUUACCAGGAAGGCCUAUCCCGGCUCGUGUUCUAUUUAAAAAUUAUCAGAGACAUCUGACCAGCAAGUCUUAUGAUCAUGAAGACUUCGGACGACUUGGAACUGAAGAAGAUGGAAUGUCCUUAGAGCAAAUGAGAGAUGCUCCAGAAGCAGAAAUAGCUUCUUUUGAACAAAGUCUCCUCAAUAAACGUACAGGACGAAAACGGAAAGCACCACAGGAUGACGAAAUAAGGCAACCUCCUCAACCAGCUCAACCAACUCCAGUAGAGAUCAAUCAACCAAAUGAAUCGGAAAUUCCAAACAUAAUCGCACAACAGAAUCUUUCUUCAGAAUCACCUAUGCCAUCCGAAGUAUCUUUACCAGUAGAACCAUCGGUUUCCGACAUAAGCAGCAUUGUGCCUUCUGGGGAACCAUCAGUUAUUGUACCACCAACUACCGAGCCUUUGCUCGGCUCAGAAAUACCGCAAAUCGCACCAGCUGAAGUUAACUCGAUACUUGGCACACACGAAGAGCAAGUGCCAUCAACAUCGGCACAGGAAGAAGCCGCCACUGUACAAACAUCCGAUAUGCCACAGAUGGAAAAUAUGGGUUACGACCAAGGACAACCACAAGUUUCGUAUAUGGGUUAUGACGAGCAACAUCCUCCAGCACAUACACCUGGUGCGAUUUCCGAAAGAGGACCCGCCACACCGUGGAAUCACGAGGAUUACGAGUUUCCGCCAUCCGUGGGACCUCAAGAGGAACAACAAAUGGAUGAAACUUAUGAGCAAUUUGAAGAACGCGUUCUUAACAAGAGAGCGGCGCAUAUGUAUCAUGUUAUUAAAAGCAAACUCGAUACCAAAGAUAAAUUAACACUAUCGGAGAUGGCAUUUAAAAAUAAUCGCAAACAGGUUGCACAAAAGUUUUAUACACUAUUAGUCUUGAAAAAGUUCCAAGUAUUAGAACUUAAUCAAGAAUAUUCAUAUGCUGAGAUUAUAGUCACAAAAGGACCAAAAUUCGAAAAUCCUGCAUUGUAAAGGUUUAUGCUCUCAAUUAUAAAACUGCGUAUCUUUCUCGAUGAAGAAAGGACGUUAACAUCUAUCUUUAUACAUACAAUAUCAAAAUAACAUUCACAUUUUUCAUGAAUAAUUAAUCUUAAUCCGAAAUUAUCUUAAAUUGAAAAGAUUCGUUGAUUUUAAACACAGGAUGAUUUGUGAGAAAUGAGGAAAUAUCUGAUUAUUAUUUAUUUGUUUGGAUCCCCUGUCUUGGAAAGAUGCGUAAUGAAUAUUACUGGUUAUUGUGAAUAUUAUUGCAUUCCUUUUUCUACAUACAUACCUACGUGUGCGUGUGUGUGUGUAUAAUGUGUAUACACACACACAACCAUAUUGACUGCUUUUUAUUUAAACAAAUUCCUAAUCAUAUUAAAUUUUUGUAUUUAGAAAUUGAUUAUAUCUUACAUUAUUCAUCAAUCCGAACAGGGUUUGUAUAUAAACAUAGUAAAUAACUAAAGAAUAUUUUACAACAUAUGUCAAUAACAUGUGCAUCAAUAACUUAAAUCUAUACAU